AAAUGUCAGUCCUGUUAGAGACGUCGGCUGGCGACAUUACCAUCGAUCUCUACGUCGAUGAAGCGCCCAAGGCAUGUGAGAACUUCUUGAAGCUAUGCAAGAUCAAGUACUACAACUAUUCGCCCAUUUACAAUGUCCAACCAAACUUCUCCUUCCAAUCUGGCGAUCCCAUUGGCCCUGAUGCCGCUGAAAGCGAUGGCGGUUCUUCCAUCUGGGGCCUUCCUGAUGGUGUCACGAAGAAGCCUGCGAAACCCGAGUCCAUGACCUUCAAGCCAGAGUUCAGUCGCAAGAGAAAGCACACUGAGAGAGGUACUGUCAGUAUGGCUACCACUGCCUCACCUGUCAAUCCAGACGACCGCUUCGCUGCGAGUCAGUUUAUCAUUACCCUCGGUGAGAACCUGGAUCUCCUUGACGGCAAGGCUGCCAUCUUCGGUGAAGUCGUAGAAGGCUUCGAUGCUCUCGAGAAGAUCAACACUGCCUUCAUCGACGACAAAGGUCGCCCUCUCAAAGACAUCCGCAUCCUACACACUGCUGUCCUCGACGAUCCCUACGACGACCUCGAAGGCUUGAUCGAACCACCGCAAAGCCCUGUACCCACAGCAGGCCAACUAGCUACCGUACGCAUCGCCCACGACGAAGAAAUUGCCGAAAACACCGACCCCGAACAACUCGAAAAGCUGCGCCGCGAGCGUGAAGCACGCGCCCAAGCCCUGACCCUCGAACUCAUAGGCGAUCUCCCAUUCGCCGACGUCACACCUCCCGAACAAGUCCUGUUCGUCUGCAAACUAAACCCCGUCACCCGCGACGAAGACCUCGAACUCAUCUUCAGCCGCUUCGGCAAGAUUCUGUCCUGCGAAGUCAUCCGCGACAAGAAGACUGGUGACAGUCUACAAUACGCUUUCAUCGAAUUUGGCAACAAAGAAGACUGCGAACGCGCAUACUUCAAGAUGCAAGGAGUUUUGAUCGACGACCACCGCAUCCAUGUCGACUUCUCGCAGAGUGUCAGCAGACUCGCCGACGCAUGGCGCGACACCACAAACUCAAAGACUGCCAGAAAGAAGGGUGGAUUCGGCGGUAUCGCCGGACUGGAAGCAAAAAGACACUACAGAGAGGGUGAAAGAUACGGUGGCCGCAACAGCCGUGGCGAACGCUACGACUAUGUCUUUGACAAGGACGGCAAGCGCAGAGACGGCGGCAAGGACGAGCGAGACAGAGAGAAGAGUCCAGCACGCAGUCCAAGACGUGACAGAGACAGAAGCCCGCCACGCCGCGAUCGCGAAAGAGAAAGGGAAAGAAGUCCCAGACGUGACAGAGAUAGAGAUUACAGGCGAGACGAUCGUCGUGAUCGUGACCGCGAUGAGAGAAGACGCGGUGACCGCUAUCAUGACGAUAGCUACAGGAGAUCGAGGCAU